AUGGUUCACAAAGUUCUUUUCUGGACCGGCUUCGGCAUAGCCGUCAACUUCUGGCGCCUCGGCAUCGAAAUGCGACCCUUCUUCAACCGGGGCUCCCUGUGGGCAUACCCCCUCUACGGCGGCAUCGGCGCGAGCUUCGGGUACUGGCUUACGGGGGUGGAGGGGAGGCAGCAGGCCAUCUUGGCUGAGAGACGGCAGAGCUUGCUUGCGAAGAGGGCGAGGAGGGCGGAGAGGGCUUUGGAAGAGGCUGAGGCGUAG